CCGCAGCACGCAUAGCGCGGCCGUAUCCAGUGUACGACCCUAUCGUCACCUCCAAGCCUGAUCCAGCUGUGCAUGUUUCCUGCUACGUUCUUUGCGAAAGAGGAAAGGGAUUGCUACCCCAUCUUGGCACCCAGCAGAGCAGUUGGUGCAGUACGGUUGGAAUUGAAGCGCGGGAACCAACGGCGUGACAGCUGCACAGGGGCUGCUGGUUGUGGAGCCCACACCUGCACUUGUAAUUUAUAUACUGUAUUGAACACUUAACCUUCUCAUCAGCGCUUUUGCCUCGCCCACCGACUCGGCUAGCCGAGGAGUAUCUUGGUUACAAACAACUAGGACAUCGCACAUGUAGGAAGCAUAAAAGCUAACACUGGUAUUGUUAUAGGGCUCAAGAGUUCGUGGAGGAAUAGUUUAAUCUUCUGCAGCGCUGACAAAUAGGACGUCAGUUUUAAGCGAGCGCUUCUGAGUAGGCGCUGCUGCGGAGACUUCCAGUGGGAGAUGACCUACUAUAUACAAGCAGUGCAGGAAGUUGCGCAGCGCUGGCCUGGUCGCGAAUCACAGGUCGCAGCUCUGCAUAGCUGGCUAUCAGGGCGUAUCGGAACCCAUGUCAUCGUGCACGGGCCACCCGGGACAGGGAAGACUGGCGUCGUCCGACAUUGCCUGGAGGCCUGGGGCCACCGCUUCGCAUACAUGACGAUGCCGCAGGAGUACAAGCUGCGCCAGUUCUUCAACGCGGUUCUAUCCCAGCUGUGGGGCCACGCAGGACUCAAACGAAAGCGCGAGGCGGGUUUUGGAGCCACUGCGGGAGCGGACAGCUGGAACGACUUUGGGGAGCAGCUGGCGGUCAUCUGCCCGCCCUGCUCCCCCCGCUGCUCGGUGCUGGUGCUGGACAACCUGGAGUGGGGGGCGCACAAGAACAUGCUGCCGCAGCUACUGGCGGCGAUUAAGUGGCAGCGGGCUAGUCUGGUGGUCAUCGCCAUCACCUCCACCGCACCCCAGGACCUGCGUUUCGGUCCUUCAGUGGGUGUGGGGCUGCCGCUGCUGCGCUGCCUGCACUUCCCCGCAUACGACCGGGAGCAGCUGGUGGCGGCGCUGGGGGUGCACGUCCCCACAUCCUGCGGCGCCGCAUCCGCACCCUCGGCACCCUCCUCGGCCUCUGCCGUACAGCCCUCCUCAGCCCCUGCCGUACAGCCUUCUUCCGAGCUGUACUGCAGCUUCCUGUCCGCCUACGUGGUGAGCCCCUUCAGCCCGCUGAGCCGCUCCGCUGCGGACCUGGCGGCGGUGGCGGGCUGGCUCUGGCCGCUGUACAGCAGGCCGCUGGAGGAGGGGAAGGUCCGCCCCGACGCCCCCGUGGAGAGCCAGGUACGGCAGCUGGACGGCCCCCUGAAGGCCAGCGGGGCGGUGAGGCGGCUGCUGGAGGUCUACCGCCCCGGCAUGAGGAGCCCGCCGGAGGGGCUGCUGCAGGGGG